CCGUCACCUGAACUACGUACCGUGUCUUGCACAAGUGGGUCGACCGAGUACCCCACGUGCCCCCUUUAUUCCCCCCACUUAAAUUGAGUAAUGCCCAAUUUCCGUUUUGUUACAAUUGAAAAUUAUGCUUGGAUAAAAUUAAUGUGAAUGAUAUGCUCGUUUUAUCGCCGGUCGUUUGGUAGUUUGUGGUUUCCCGUAUAAAAAGGAGAACGUUACCAAGUAGCAGCACAGAACUAGUCGAGCUGGUAGAGAGCAGUACACACGCAACACAGACGCGCUGCUUCUUGUAGAAAUUAUUAUUGAGUAUUGUCGCGUAAGAGUGAGAAGUGUUUGUAGAUUUUAGGAGAAGUGGAGAGUGCCUUUCCCCUUUUUUGGACUUCGAGUGAUUUGUGAGUUGGAGAGGCAACUACAGUACAACUAUCCUGAGAAGCAGAUUCAACCGGUCGCUUUUUCCACCAUGUGCCUUAUAAAGUCUUUAACUACGGCUGCGAUGCUUAUUGUCUUCAUCAGCAGGACAGUGUAUGCAACUAACGAUGGGUGUGGAAUGGAUGAAGAGGACUUAGACGAUUAUACGACCAUUUUCCAGCCGUUUGGUCGAUCUAAAACUCAUGUCAGGAACAAUCAAGUUUCAGGCGAGACCUAUGAUGAAAACAUCAGAGGGGAACUCUUAAACUUUGAAAACAAUUAUACUGAGGCUACGGAUUCCGACUGUUGUCAAAUAUACGAAAGUAUCUUCCACAAUUUCGGAAAAUCCAUCUCAGCCCUGCUAGCUAUGGAUCUCCAUGAAGAUGUGCACACUGAACUCUUUCAUUCGCUCAAAAAUUUUCGCGAUAGGAUUGGAGAAGCGCUUGUUGAUGUCGGUCAAUGGGACGAACAACAACUUAUAGCGACGAGACUCGCUCACGACGUAUCCAACAGACACAUCAUACCUUACUCGACUGUUGCUAAGAACAAUCGUCGAAACUUUUUAGCUUUUAGACUUAUAGAAAAUAUUCUUAACAAAGACCUCGACUAUUUGAAAAGCUGCUCGCAAGGUCACCGAUCCAAACGCAUUAUGGGUUCGAGAAUGGAACCACGAAAUGCGCCCGUCCCCGCCGAGCCAGCAGCGGGUCGAUGGGAGUAUGAUGCCCGUGAGAAUCGCGCGUUCUAUCCGCAGCAGCAGGAGCCCGACAGCCGGCUACUUGACAGUGAGCCCGUCGUUGAUCCUUUAGAUGAUAUGGUACGUCAACUCCGUAUGUACGAGCAACUUCAAGAAAUUCGCGAGGCACUCAGACGAAGUGACGAAUUCUUAGCCUACCCUGCGGACAGAGACGACAUGUUGCGGGAAAUUCGCGCCUACGAUCGGCAGCAGCAAGUGAGGACCGAAUUGGUGGCCAAGCGAAACGGGGAGUUCCUGACGAACACAAGGGUCGCACCAAACACCUUUUACGAGACCAAGAGAGAUGCAGAAUAUCUAGGGCCGUUUGCUGCACCUGGCAAGAGAAGUGUGCGGAUGAAUUCCUUGGAAUUUAAACGGGCGUUGGAUAUGUUCUCGAAAAAGUGAUCCAUAGUUUUUUUGUCCAUGAUAUUUGUUCGUGUCCAAACAGCUUGUUAAUGUGUGUAAGGGGGCUUGGGUUUGAUUGAAGAAAAGAAAAUGAAGUUCGUUGUCAAAAGCCAUCCAUUAGCACUGAGGCUGAUUUGCAAUUUUAAAUUCGAUAAGAUACAACUUUUAUUUUUCUGUGAUUAUAUUUAAUUUUAUUUUUGAAAGCAAAAUCAAUGUGGGCUACGAUUCCGAUUGCCAAUUCUCUUUUAAAAAAAUCUAACAAACCUUAUCAUAAAAAAAAAAUGAAAAAAGAAAAUAGCGGACUCCGUGCAGCACAGCUGUGCAUAUUAAAUAUGAUUGUCAAUGUUAAAUGAACGGCGGACUGAUUGUUUGUAGCAUUUCAGACCUCGAUAUAUCAAGAUGACGUACCGCCAUCUUUGGAGACCGCCAUCACGGCCAUCACGGUGUGUAAAAUUCUAAGCCAAUGAUAGGCCCUUUUCGAAACGACUGGAUUUGGUUUCGAAAAGGGCCAUAGCCUUUCAUGCAUGCACGACGUUUCAUCAAAGAUUGCGGCCAUUGAAAAAGGAUUUACAAAGGGAUCUAUAAAAAAGAAAAAAAAUUCGUGUCACACAAUUCUAUUUCUCAGUAACGUUUGACGCGUGGAAUGCUCACUGAAAGGCACAUGUUGAGCCAUCUUUUUCGUGUGUUUUUUUUUGUCUAAAAAGAACAUCGGUUGGGGUGCAGAGACAUUUUUUAAAGUGAUUUGUUCUACAUCGGUAACAAUGUUUUAAUUGUGUCAAAAAAUCCAUCCCCAUAAUGUAUGACCAAAAUGUGCACGAUUGAUGACGAUGAUGACGUAAUCAUGUGUGUGCCUUGUUUGUUGACAAUGAUAAGAAACACAACUUCUGUGUACUGAGGGACGGUAUGGAGACGUAGGGGGGUUUAACAGAUGGAUAUUUGCAUCGGGAUAAAGAAUAUUAACUUUUGUUUUACUUAUAAUACUUAGUAUGAACUAAGCGCCUUGAGUACCUUGUUGGUAUAGAUACGUGCGCUAUACAAGACUUCGGUAUUAUUAAGUAAAAUCGAAGUGUUUUUAUAAAAACAGGGGUGUGCCCCGCAAAACAUAUCGGUGCGUCCUUCAUUAAUUAUCAUAUAUUUAUAAAAGUAUGAAAUACACAAAAGAAAUAUUUGUUCAAUAGACCGAAUAGUGCUCAAUAUUUAGAGCUGCGUUUACAUUGGUCCUGAUCUUGCGACACGGUGGACAAGUUAAAAAGAAUAACACUGAAGACGAGCAGAGUAUACUGUUCGAAACGUCGAGACCAAAACCGGCUCUUUUUACAGCCAACACUCACCCUAAGAGAUUUGCACAUGGCUGUACAUGCAAGUUCACAUAGUUUUUUUCUUAUUUCUCCACACCAUGCAAAGCUUUACUUACUAUCAAAAUAACAUCAGGUCAUUCCAAUUAAAGCAGCCUUAAGAGUAACUAUUAAUAUAAAUAUGAACAGUAAACUUGCGGGUAUACAAGCAUGAGAAAAAUCUCUUUCGAAGGAGUGGUGGCUCUGAAAAGAGCUGUUUUGGUCUCGACGUUUCGAACAGUAUACUCUGUUCGUCUUCAGGAGCCAUGGUUGCCACCCCGGUUGCGUAUAUGGUUGUGGCUAGAGUUGCUCUUAGCAACAGCGGCUAUGGCUGUGGCUAGCACUGCUCAUAGCAACAGCCAUAGCCGCCCGUUCGGACCCAGGUUCGGCCAUUGUAUCUUGUAUCUUUCUCUAAUUGUUUAUUUUAUUGUUUCUUUAAUGCGCUUAGAGGCUUUUGCAUUAGGCGCUUUACAAAUGUCUUAUUGUUAUUAUUGUUAUUAUUAUUAUUAUUAUUAUUGUGGUUUCAUGUUACUCAAUGCAUUGGAUGCAAUUUGUCUAAAACCUUGUUGACAAUCAAGUAUCAAUUGUUAGAUUAUAGGAUUUGAGCAUUGCAUGGUGAGGUAUCAAUGUAUGUUUGCGGUAACACCAUGUGUGUAUCUACUUGCCAGGUAGAGUU